UAGACGUCAUUACGCAAGGAAAAAACGUCAUAUUGCGUGGAACGCGUCAUUCAGGGAGGAUUGGGAGGUGGUGUCCAUCUUAUUGAUACUGCAAGAUAACCCACUUUUGAAUUAAUUAACAGUCACAGUUCUAAUAAGGUGUAAUAUUAGUCCUCUACAGAGAUGAGUAGCUCAGAGGAAGUGUCAUGGAUCUCCUGGUUCUGUGGAUUGCGGGGAAACGAAUUCUUCUGUGAAGUGGAUGAGGACUACAUCCAGGACAAGUUCAACCUGACGGGUCUCAACGAGCAGGUGCCCCACUACCGCCAGGCUCUGGACAUGAUCCUGGACCUGGAGCCAGAUGAGGAGCUGGAGGACAACCCCAACCAGAGCGACCUCAUCGAGCAGGCGGCCGAGAUGCUGUACGGACUGAUCCACGCCCGCUACAUCCUCACCAACCGCGGCAUCGCCCAGAUGUUGGAGAAGUACCAACAGGGGGACUUUGGCUAUUGUCCCCGGGUCUACUGCGAGAACCAGCCCAUGCUGCCCAUUGGUCUGUCAGACAUCCCCGGCGAGGCGAUGGUGAAGCUAUACUGCCCCAAAUGCAUGGAUGUCUACACACCCAAGUCGUCCCGCCACCACCACACCGACGGGGCCUACUUCGGCACCGGCUUCCCACACAUGCUGUUCAUGGUGCACCCAGAGUACCGGCCCAAGAGGCCCGCCAACCAGUUUGUCCCCAGGCUCUACGGCUUCAAGAUCCACCCCAUGGCCUACCAGCUACAGCUGCAGGCUGCGUCCAGCUUUAAGAGCCCAGUCAAGGCCAUUCGCUAAGGCCCCCGGGGGCCCACACACCCGGAAAUACGAUUAGAGAGCGAGAGAGAGGAUGAUGGUGAGGAUGGGGGUCACCUGCAUGGAACUUCCUGUCCAGGCGAGACUACUUCCUGCUGGAGACUGUAUUAUUAUUAUUUGUGUUUUCUAGUUUAGGGAGAGAUGGAGGGUGGGGGGGUGAACAAAGAUGUAUAAAUGAUAAAAUGCGCACAUGCCCAGAUGACAUGCACCAACAUGGUAUACACACACACAUACGCAAGCCAACACGCAUGCACGCCAACACACACACACACACACACACACACACACACACACACACACACACACACACACACACACACACACACACACACACACACACACACAAACGACACCAAACUCCCCCGGUGCCAAUGCGGUCUCAACAGAGCUCAGUUUUCUCGGUUGCGUUUAACAACCUUUUGUUAUGUUUUUCUUUUAAUUUACAACAGUGUCUGUUCGGUUUCGCUCCCGAGUAGAGAAAGCUAUUUGAGUGCAGUGAGUUUCAAAUGUAUUCUAUUUUUUUCACGGACCUGUAGUUUUAGCGUGAAAGGAAUACCCAAUGACAAGUUAUACCGCAGUUGUAGGUUUCAGCCGCUGAAAAAUUACGUUGUUUUUUUUUUUUCCCCCGUGUGGUGAGACCUUGCUAUGUAUUGGUACCGCUACAUAGAGCGAAUGUAAACCUCCCUACACUAACCCUACUGGCCCUUUUAUAAGAACAUUUAAAGACCAGUGCGGUCUCAAUGGACACACAAAAAAAGAGGAGCUCAUACUUCACCCGCUCUGAAUCUACAAGCGUCCUUCUUCAUUCAUAGUAGAAGAUAUUAUUUCCGGACGUGUCAAGAAAAACACCAGACGACUUCCCGAGAGUCCCGCCCCCCCCCUCCCCCACAUAUUUCCUUCAGCGGGCCCAGUCUGCUCGACAUGUCCCCUCUCCUUUGUUAAUGUUAAUUUUGUUUAUUUUUUCCUUCCCCCUCAGAUCAAUAAGGAUACUAUGUCUUCAUCCCACUUUUAAUUAUGUAUGCGUGUUGUCAUUGUUUCUGUGGAAAGUGAGCAGGAUUUGGAGUUCACAAUAAACUUCUAUUUUCUUUUCAUA